AUGGCUUGGAAUCUUCCGUUUGGUCAGCAUACCUAUCGAACAACACCAGAAAAUGUCAAAGAUGCUUUAUUGGGCAAUGCUCGUCACCUUUCUGCGGUAGCUGAUGUCAGUAGUAAUAACAUCAACAAUAACAAUGACAAUAGCGACAUAUGUGACAAUGAAAGCAACGAUUGUAGUGACAUCGAUGACAAUGAUAAUGGUGACAAAAAUAACAAUGAUAAUGAUGGGAGCAGUGACAGUGAUAGUGGCCACAAUAGCGACAAUGAUGAUGACGACAAUAAUGACAAAAUAAUAACAGAGCCAGUGGUGACAAUGAUGGUAAUAUGCAGUGACUAUAGUAGUGGUAAAUGUGACAAAAACAGUAGUGAUAGUGAUAAAAGCAGCGAUAAUGAUGAUGACAAUAGCAAUAAUGAAGAUAAAAGUGGUUAUAAUAAUGACAACAACUACGAUGUCACUGAUGGUAGCAGUAGCAACAAUAAUAGCGACAACAAUGACAUCAUUAAUAGCAAUUAUAAUGGUAUUGACAGUGAUAAUAGUAAUAGUAAUGACAAAAAUAGCUACGAUAAUAGUAACAUCAAUAAUAGUGGCAACAGCGACAAAGAGAAUAAUGACAGUAACGACGACGGUGGCAAUGAUGACGACGAUAACAAUGGCAACGAUGGUGGUCGUAACAACUAUAACGACAAUAGCAACAACAGUGGCGACAACGUUGAUAGUAACAAUAGCAGUUGCAAAAAUGACAACAAUGAUAAUAGUGACAAUAGCAAUAAUGAUAGCAUCUACAAUAAUGAUAGUGGAGAUGGAAACGAUAGGGAUAACAAUAAUAGUAGUAGCAGUGAUAGUAGUGACAUCAGUGAUAGCGGUAACAGUGGUAGCAACAAUGGUGAUGGCAACAACGAUGAUGAUAAAAGAGGCAGCGAUGAUGGCAAUGACAGUGAUGACCUCGAAAGAAAUGAUAACAAUAAUAACAAUGAUAACAUAAGUGACAACAACUAUAAUGGUGAUGACUGUAAUAACGACAUCGAUGAUAGCAACGAAAUUGAUAAUGGUGGUAGCAAAGAUAACAACAACAAUAAUGAUAGCAAAGAUAGUGACAUCGAAGGUAGUAGUGUCAAUGACAGUGACGAAAAUAGCAAUGGUGGCAAUUAUGAUAGCGGUGAUAGCAGCGAUAACGAUAGUUAUAGUAACAGUAGUGAAAAUGAUAGCAACAACAACAAUAAUGAUAGUAACGAUAAUAACACCAAUAGUGACAGAGAUGGCAAUAAUAAAAGUAACGGUGGCAGCGAUAGUGGUAAUAACAGCGAUAGUGAUGGUAGUAGUAAACAGGGACUAUAUGACAAUAACAGCGAUAAUGGUGAUAGUAGCGACAACAGUGGCAACAACGAUAGUGACGAUAAUAGUGACAAUAGUGGCAACAGUAACAACAGCGGCAGUAUCAACAACAAUGGCGAUAAUGAUAGCAAUAAUGAGAUCAAAAAAGGCGAUAGUGACAAUAAUUGUUGUAACGACUAUGAUGGUGAUGAUAACACAAUAACGGUGGUAACUACGACAGCAUUAGCAGUAGUGGUAACAACGAUAAUGGCUACGGGGAAAGCUAUUAUAGCAUAG